GACUCAGCUCUCUCCCUCCCGGAAGUGAAAGGUCUGAUCAGACCGGAAGUGAUAGUGAAGAGGCUUCAGACUUCCGUUCGAGCUGAGUUACUGUUGUAGGUCUAACUGAAGCCAUUUAUAUGAAAGAAGUAUGCCAUAAUAAUCCAAUUGUUGUAAGAUGGAGAUGGAGCGGAGUUACAUGACUGAAAGGAUAUUACAUCUCACCCUGGAGAUCAUCUACCUGCUGACUGGAGAGGACUAUGAACCGGUAAAGAAAGGGAUAAAACAACAUACGACACCUAGCAACUGUCCCCAAACAUUAGUAAGAUGGAGCAAGAACCAGAGGUGUAUCAGGAAGCCAUUGCCUCUCUCCCCAACACCUGAGAAAGAGAAGGACAAGAAGAUUCUAGAAGUCAUUCAGAAGAUAAUUGAGCUAAUGACGGGAGAGGUGAGCGGUGCCGGGAAUUCUGAGAUAUUAUCCAGUAACAGACAAGGGUGUCUAGUGACGGUAUCAUUGUGUUUGUCAGGUUCCUAUAAGGUGUGAGGAUGUCACUGUCUAUUUCUCCAUGGAGGAGUGGGAGUAUAUAGAAGGACACAAG